UAAAACAGCCCAGAGCCACCGGAUUUGUGUCAGCACCAGGCUCUAUUGCUUCUGUCAGAUUGGUGUUGGUGCCCUUGGGGUCCCAGGUAGGGGGACGCUGAGGGGUGUGUUUGAACGGCACAGUCAGCCCGUAGCCCGGAGGAUAAGGGGCCUGAAACCCGCUGGAAGCCUUGGCAGCCAGCGCACUGCGUUUCGCCCUGGGAGGAGCAGCUGGUACCAUUAGUCAGAACAAACCACCCGGAGCCAGCCCAGCUCUGGCAGCUGAAUGUGAAUCCCAGUGGGGGAUGACUCAAGGGCCAUUCAUUAGGAAGCCCGAGUCCUCGGUGACCCAGAGCAGGGCUUGGCACCUCCAGGAGCUGCUCACCCAGACAGAGGCCUUCCAACGGGGCGGACUGAGGAUCCGCACCCGGCCUGGGAGGCGGCAGCACCGGGCAGAGGGCUGCCGGAGGCGCUUCCUCCUGUGGCCCUGCCGUCCUGGCCCUGGGUGUUUAAGGAAAGAAGAGCAGGCGUCUGCCCUCGUGGACGGGGACGCAGGUCGUCUCAGCAGCCCCCGGGAGCCGGCCCAGAGAGCCUCUUUAUCAGCUGGUGAACGGGCUGACACCCCGCCCGGUAACUGCACAGUGAACCUCGGGAAGACGGGGAGCAAAGGGGCUUGCACAGCCCACCCCGGGGGAGCAGGGGCAAACGCAGGAGCCCGGACUGCAGGAUUCCACUGGCCUGAACUGGACCGACAGCAGCAGAGAGCAGGAGCCCCGGCCGCCGCUGUCCACGCGGGAUGCCUUGAGCUUGCUGGGAGACCUCAGCAGACUUUUCUGAGCGUGGUGCUAUAGAUUUUCCUCGGUGCAUUUAAGAGGCUGCUGCCGCACCCGCUGUUGCCACUGCUGCCACCUUUAUUUAUUUCUGUUUUUCUUUCGCACGGGGCCCAGCCCUCCCGCUGCCAUGAUGGCCCAGUCCAAAGCCAAUGGCUCGCACUACGCGCUGACGGCCAUCGGCCUGGGGAUGCUGGUCCUCGGGGUCAUCAUGGCCAUGUGGAACCUGGUGCCCGGCUUCAGCACUGCUGACAAGCCCGCAGCUCAGGGCAACAAGACCGAGACAGGCAGCGGCAUCCUCAAGAGCAAGUCCUUCUCCGUGGCCUACGUGCUGGUGGGGGCCGGCGUGAUGCUGCUGCUGCUGUCCAUCUGCCUGAGCAUCCGGGACAAGCGGAAGCAGCGGCAGAGCGACGAGAUCGCCCGCAUGCAGCAGCAGGCGGGCGCCGAGCCCAGCGCCCAGGAGGAAGACAGCCAGGAGGAAGAGGAGGAGACGUCCUCCAGGUACUACGUCCCCAGCUACGAGGAGGUCAUGAACACCAACUACUCGGAAGGCGGGGACGCGGGGCAGAACCCGGGGAUGAGCGUCUCCCUCCCCUCCUACGAGUCGCUGACGGGGCUGGACGAGGCCACCCCCACCAGCACCGGGGCGGAGCCGGGCCCGGGGCACGCCCCCGACAGACAGAACUCCAGGUUGGCCAAACACCUGAAGCCGCUCAAAGUGCGGAGGAUCAAAUCCGAGAAGCUGCACCUCAAAGACUUCAGGAUCAGCCUCCCGGACAAAAACGUCGCCCCGCCCUCCAUCGAGCCUUUGACGCCCCCACCCCAGUACGACGAGGUCCAGGACAAGGCCUCCGACGCCCGGCCACCUGACUGACCUGGCCCUCACAUCCUCUGCACCCCCAGACGCCGAGGAAGCCACCUGAGCCACGGCCGAGAAGCAGGGGGACCGGAGGCGCACUUGGCCGUCUGGGCGGGCGGAGAGGCCUCUCGUGUGCCAGGAGGGACGUUCGCAGAACCACAUGGAGCAGGUGCACCAGGAAGCCGUGCUGCCCGAGAGCACAGCGCGGGUGUGGCACAGGCGUCUCCCCGGUCUUUCCCCACCCGGAGUCAGUGGUGGCGACACAUGCCCCUCCCCAGCCAGGACACGCGCCCCUCCCCCGCCGCUGGGUCGGGAGGUAGUGGUGGUUUCAUUUUGCUUCUACUAGGACUGGAAACUCGUUUUUUUGCCUCUGCUUUCUUCCCUGGAGUCCUGGCGUGUGGGUCAGAAACAGGCCUGGCUUUGUCCGGAGGACACAGGGCUGCUUUGUGAAUUCAGCGAUGAUGGGGAGGUGGGGGCCCAGGUGGCGGCUCUCGGAGCCCCCGAUGCUGUCAGUUCUUUGAGGGCCUCGGCCUGAUGAACCCGGGCACAUGACGUGUAAAAUGAGUCUUUCACCGCCCCCUCCCCGGGCCGGGCUCUAACACGCACCGGCUGUUCCGUUCCUUCCGCAGCGCCGCGCGGGUGAGCUUUUUAUAAUAAACGAUUUUAUAUGGUG